UACGACGCGCCAUGACAGUUGACAGUUCACGCGGCGGUGUUUCACGUUGACAGUCGGAACGGUGGACCGCGGACGGACGAACGUGACGUCAUCAAUGGCGGCUCCUGUGUUGUCUGUGUACGCAGCGGCUGUUGCGAGGAGGUAACGCUGAGAGACGCCGAUUAUUGUUUUUCGGACGAGGCUGUCGUCGAACGCGCGAAAUAUGGGCUCGAAGAAACACAAAAAGCAUAAGCGCGAGAGACACGAAGGAAUUUUGACUACGUUUUCACCAAGGACAAACUGAGAGUGAGGUUGGAGUAAAAGUGAGGUGGAUACGAAAGUAUAAACGAAGCGUUCUACAGCAACAGGCGUGACGUAGAAAGGGUCAGUACACAACGACGGACAAGCCGCCUAGCUUGAAGUUAAUCUUGAAAGUAGGAGGCAGUACUGGAACGCCUGAACACGGUAGCGAGUCACCGAGUCAGGCUACGAUGCUGUCGCAACAUUACCAACAACAAUUGGGCCUCAACUACUCUGUCAGUCAAGGAGACACGGAAUAUGACAGAUACGUCGGCCACAAGAAACUCAAAAAAAAGAAGAAAAAGAAAGAUAAACGGCAUAAACAUCAUCAUAAGGACAAGAAGAGGCGAAGGGAAGAGUCGAGUCAGGAAUCGGUCGGUGACGCCGACGAAAAUUUGGCCGAACCAAUACCUAAAAAGACUUGUACUAAUCACAAUCAGUUGUUACCACUCAGGCCACCGCCAAGCGGUGAAUUAAGGGUAGGCGUUAGUAGUAUAAGCUCUCUAUCACCGCAUCGUGAACCCAGAACAUGCGUUCUCAGAAAAAUAGCAGAGCGCACUCCUCUCCAGAGAUUAUUGGAACAUUUGUUGAGGUCGAUGGAAAAGCGAGACCCACAACAAUUUUUCGCUUGGCCGGUUACGGACAGCAUUGCGCCCGGUUAUUCUCAAAUAAUCACAAAUCCCAUGGAUUUCAGCACGAUAAAACAAAAGAUAGACGAUAACAAUUAUCAAAAUCUACAAGAAUUCGUAGAUGACUUCAAGCUCAUGUGCGACAACGCCAUGACUUAUAAUCACUCUGAUACUAUCUAUUACAAGGCAGCGAAAAAACUGUUGCACGUCGGUUUGAAAAUGGUCACUCCUGAAAAACUGCGGCAGCUCAGGCCAGUAUUGAUGUACAUGAACGAUAUAACGAAAGAGGAGCUCGGAUUCGAAUUGGGCGUCGAGGACCCCAACAAUUUGGACGCUCCUGUGACGGAGGAGCAGAUCGAGCGAGAACGUGAACAGGAGGAACGCAAUGAAGAGGCAGAGGAGCUCAGGAAGGAAAAUCAGAGAAAAAUGAGACUGGCUAGUUUAGGUAAAUUCGAGGCGAUACCGGACGACUUGACGCCCGAGGAGAUACUCAAGCAAGCGAGAGGGGCAGCCAAAACGGCGAUGGAAAAACUCAGUCUGAAGAGAGCAAACUCUAAGAUGGGUUUUCUGCGACAAAAGAAAGACGGCACCACCAGUCUGCAGAUUAUCGUACCCGGGGACGGAAUCAUUCCUGGAACCAAUCAAAGACCUGUGUCGCUAGGUCAGCUGAUAGGCAAGUUGAACCACGGUACAGGAGCACUGGCCGGAUUUCGGGAGGAUCGUAGGAAUAUGUCGAAGCCGGUGAAACCGUUGUAUUAUGGAGCGUUCGGUUCGUACGCACCAAGCUACGAUUCAACGUUCUCUAAUCUCACCAAGGAAGAAACGGACUUGGUCUAUCAGACCUACGGCGAUGAAACGGCUGUGCAGUAUGCCGAGUCGAUUCUCGACUUUGCCAAGGAUUGCGACUACACAUUGACCAUGGUUGACGAUCUCUUGGACAUUCUCACAGGUGGCGAUCAUCGAAAGACGAAAAAAUUCAUCGAGGAAAAACGAAAGUUGAGAGAAGAAGAAGAGAAAAUCAAGAAUAUACUGGAGAAGCCUAUACAGGACAUGAAUCGUAACAUCUCGACGAUGGAUAAGGUCAAAGUUGAUAUCGAGCAAUUAAAGACACUCACGGAAUUCGGUAUCGAUAUAAACUUCUUAGACACUUUAGAGGAGGACUUUAAAUACAGCGAAGAACGCGCCGUUCUACAGAGUCGUCUGGAUGAUACAUCGCAGAUGCUAAACCGAUUAAAACAGGUCCAGCACGAACGUUUAUCAGCACCACCACCGGCACAUCUGUCCAAUGUCUCUAAAGCGGGAGAAGCCGAAGUGAUGUUGGCCGAAAAGAUCACUGACAAUCUGACCGACAUAGCGAAGAAACUGCCACCCUCAGGUAUUGCACCAGUCGACGGUCUUCGUAGGGCGAUGGGCAUAGCACCGUUGGGCGGACCAGAGCCCAUGGAAGUCGAACCGAUCACGCAUAAUCCUACUAUAGUCGCCGAUACUUCGUUACUACCGCCCAAUGCGAAUAACGGAAAUAAUCAAGUGCUGUCGAACCUGCUGCCGACCUCUCCGAUUCAGAAUACGAAUCUAUUAAGUCCGACUGGCCAGCAGAAUCAGAAUAUGAGUAUUGUAGGCGCGAAUCAGCCGCCACCGCCAUCGAUCCAAAUGCAAAUGGGUAUGACACACAGCAGCCAGACACCACCGUCUCUAUUGAGUGCGACGGAGCCAUCCGGUGUGACUGAUCUUGAGUCUGAACUGCGUGAAUUUCUAGAAAGCGAUCCCACAUUGGGACACUCGCCUCUCCACGACGACAAAACCUUGGAGGAUAUUUUAUCCGAGUCUUAGUGCAUGCGCACGUUCUGAGUGUUCUGCAAUAUAUAAGUUAUAUACAAAUAGAAAUAUAAAUUAUAAAUAUACAGAGCUCUGUACAUUUUAUCAUCGAUAUGCUAAUUUUUUCAUGUACGAUUAAGAAUAAAUUAAAUUAUAUAAUCCUGUGCCUUAUUUUAAUCACUUCAUUUUAUUGGAACUUUUUAUGUUGUCCUUUCUUCAUCAAAGAUGUUAAAUAAAUCAGUUCAUCAAGUUUGAAAUGCAAACACACACGGUAUAUCAGAAUAAAAUGAAGUUUAUGUAAAAUUAAAAAAAAUGAA